AAUAAUAAAUAAACUAUGAAUCGCUAUAAAUACGAAAAUAUAAUUUCAAUUUGAGUUCUCUCUCCGCAUUCAAAACUCCGUUUACUUAUUCAAACAAACAUGCUUCUCCAACUCUCUCUCCUCCAUUUCACGAUCUUGCUUCUCUCAACAACAUCUUCAUCCGGUUCAAUCGCCAAACCGGGAUGCCCGGAACGGUGCGGGACCCUAUCGAUCCCGUACCCGUUCGGAGUCGGGUCGGGUUGCUCCAUGGAGCGAUCCUUCGACAUCAACUGCAACGCUUCCUACGAUCCGCCAAAGCCCUUCCUCUCCAUCCUGAAUGCAGAGAUCAUCGGAAUAAACCCGACGAAUAUUCGGAUCAAUUUUCCGAACCUGGCCCUCUCAUCCUACGGUCAGAAUGGGAGCAUCUUCAGUGUUAUCUAUAGAUUGUCGUCAACUCGAUACAUGUUCUCCGACCAGAACUGGCUCACCGCCAUCGGCUGCGAUGACAUGGCGGCGGUCACCGGCCAAGCUAAUCGGAGCUUCAGCGGCGGCUGCGUGUCGUAUUGUCAGAGCGCAGAUGAUUCUGGCGGCGUCGCGUCGUGCCCGGAUGAUACCAACGGCUUUGGGCUUGGCACCGGUUGUUGCCGCACCCCUAUUCCUAAAGGCACUACAAACUUGUUCGUAAAUUUGACGGACGUACAUAGAAACUGGAGGGCCAACAAGCUAUUCUCCACUAGCUACGCCUUUGUGGGAGAGAAGGUCACCUCCAAUUUUUCAUACCGUUUGAACGACUUAAAUAAUGCCACAAUAUUCUUUAGUGAUAAUUGGGCUGCCAAAAACACGCCGCCGGUGCUCCUCGACUGGAAGAUGGGGUCGGAGAAUUGCGACAAGUCAACACGAAACCCGACCACCUACGUGUGUCAAGGUAACACUGACUGUGUUGAUUUCGAUACCAACAUUGAAGGCUACCUCUGCAACUGCUCCAAAGGAUACGAGGGCAAUCCUUACCUCGACCCAGGAUGCCAAGAUGUCGAUGAAUGCGCUGAUAGUCCGUGCGAUCCCAACGCGGUUUGCACCAAUCUUCCCGGGAGUUUUAACUGCUCGUGUCGGAAAGGAUAUAGUGGCGACGGAAUGAAAGACGGCACAGGUUGCACUCGUCUGCCGCCCUCUACAAUUAUCAAUGUCGCCAUAGGUUUGGGUGUUGGAUUGGGGUUUAUACUAGUACUCGCGAUAUGCUUCUAUCUAUAUAAGGUAAUGCAGAAAAGAAAGAAGAGAAUUGACAAAGAGAAAUUCUUUGAACAUCUUCUCUUACAACAUCAAACAAACGAAGGCACACUCGAAAGAACAAAACUUUUUCCCGCAAAAGAGUUGGAGAAAGCCACUGAUAACUUCAACGUGAGCCGAAUUCUCGGACAAGGAGGUCAAGGCACUGUCUAUAAAGGAAUGUUAUCCGAUGGUAUGAUCGUGGCUAUCAAGAAACUGAAGUUGGUCGACGAGGAUCAACUGGAACAGUUGAUAAACGAGGUUGUGAUAUUGUCGCAGAUCAACCACAGACACGUGGUGAAAUUGUUGGGAUGUUGCUUGGCGACUGAGGUUCCUCUCCUCGUAUACGAAUUCGUCUCAAAUGGGACGCUUUUCGAGCUCAUUCACAAUCCUAACGCUGACAUUUCACUUUCAUGGAACAUGCGUCUGAAAAUCGCUUCAGAUAUAGCUGGAGCACUGGCCUACUUGCACUCUGCAUCUUCGGUCCCUAUCUAUCACAGAGACAUCAAGUCAAGUAAUAUACUUUUAGAUGAAAAAUAUGUUGUCAAAGUGUCAGAUUUCGGAACUUCCAAGGUUGUGGCAGUGGAUCAGACUCACUUAACCACCAUGGUGAAAGGGACAUUCGGGUAUUUGGAUCCGGAGUAUUUCCAGACGAGUCAGUUUACAGACAAGAGCGACGUAUAUAGUUUUGGAGUAGUUCUUGUGGAGCUUCUGACAGGACGGAGGCCGAUAUCUACGGAUACAACAGAGGGCGACAGGAAUCUAGCGUCGCGAUUUCUUGCUUCGAUGGAAGCUGGUGAUCUAGACACAGUUCUUGAUGCCCGGGUGUCGGAGGAGGGCGGGAGGGAGGCGGUUAUUACGAUUGCGAGGCUUGCUCAAAGGUGCUUGAAUCACAAGGGGAAAAUGAGGCCAACCAUGAGAGAAGUAGCAACUGAGUUGGAAAGCAUUAGAAUGUCUCAAAUGCCUUCAACUGCAAGGAAUGAAGCUGAAGAAACUAGUGUCUAUGAAGUCAAGCCUAUGCUGAUUUCAGACAUAGAUUACACAUGGGCUAGUGGUAAAAGUGAGAUCUCAUCUCCAUCGGAUACACGUCCAUUUAUUCCUGAUGAUAUAGUGUGAGUGUGACCUUGUUUGUGUAUGUUAGUUAGGAAUUGAUCGAUUUUAGGUUUUUGUUUUAUUUUAUUUAGAGUGUUAAUUAUUUGUUGUAUAACGCAAUUUAUUGUUUUUGCUUGGCUAUAUAUAUAAUUUAACAACGGCAUCCAUUAGUUCUUGAUUUUCA